AUGCAAGAGUGGCUGACCAUGGGCCGCUUCCCCGUCGGACUUGAUCUUCGUGUUCGAUUGCCCGAGUGGGACCAGCAUCUCCCGCUGCGUCAGAUAUUCCCGGAUCUUUCAGCAGCCUUUCGGCUACCGCCAGCCUGGCCGGAGGCCUGCCAAGAAGGCAAGUCUUCCGGCUCUGGCAGCUUGGAGGUGGAGGAACUGCGGCGAUGCAUCCGUGAGUCAGGACGAAUGAGUGGGCCAUUCCACAAUUGUGCGCCCAGCAGCUCUUCGGCAUCUCAGGGUGCUCAGACCGUGCCCUGCUCCGUCAGCUCCGUUUCGUUCGCCCCUUCUGCCGAGGCAGUCAAUGGCGACGCGAAGGUGAUGCGGCCGGAGAGAAACAAAAUCCCGACAGCUGAACAAGCAAGGGAUCUUGCGACUGCAAAGCCCCCGGACUCGCUGCCGCUCCCGCCGCGUGAGUCAAUUCUGCUGGAGAGGGAUGAGCUGCCUCCACUUCCAAAGGCCCAGUCGGUGCUGGAAAGGCUGCUGCAGCAGGAAAAGCAAGAGUUGCGGCUGACCUGCCAAAUCAAUGGCCAGACGAAGGACUCUGGCAAGCUCUUCCUCGAAAAGGUCGCCAACGGCGCGUCUCACAAGGUCAACGGGACCAACGGGACCAACGGGACCAACGGGACCAACGGGACACAUGGCACGAAUGGAAAACUGGAGGCGCAUCCUGGGAAAUGCCGCGCCGCUCGUGGUGCUGUUGGUUUGCAAGUGCACGCACGUUUGCUGGCCAUGUUGCCUUGA